UGUGACACAGUUUUACAUUAUGUGGUGGUGGUGGUGGUGGUGGUCUAAUAAAUACAUUUGUUAAGCACUGUAGCCUGACUUCUCUCAACGCCAAACAGGCGAGAGGGAGAGAGAGAGAUGUGAAGAUAUAUUACAGAAGGUAGUAUUACAGAUAGAUAGCCUAAUUAUCAAGUCGAUUAUCAUUUUUGUAUUAUUCACAGCCCGUGAUCUGGUUCAUUAUAGCGCUCUUAAUCUUUAUAGCACAGUUGGCAUUGUGAAUGCUGAGUCGUCUGCUCUGACUCCUUAUCAUUCCACCUCUCCACCCCCUCUUCCUCUCUUUCUUUCAGUCUCAACGUGUGCUGUGCCCUCAUGAUGCCACGGCGCUCGCUAAUCCGCUCUCCGCGCCGCGGCGCACAUGCUCACUACCGAUCACUGUGGCAAUCUGUAAUGGCUGCUGGAUGAUGUGAUGCGAGUCCCGGUGCCGCGCCGCGUCGGUAGGAAUGCCAUUUCCCUGAGACCGCCAACCACUCCAUUCAUUCCUCCGUCAACAUGGUUGACAUCCGACAGAAGAAUAAAGGUCGGACAUCGUAGUCGCGAGCACUUGCGAGAGUCAUAAUCGUUGCAGUGCUGGUGUGUGAUAGUGCCAGUGAAUUGUGUGUGGUUGGCGGUAGUCAGGAGUGAUGGCAGUGAAGGAGCGGGUGGAGGCGGUGCUGAAUGUGGGCCUGCGGGUCCCCAGUAUCAUGUUACUAGAGGUGCUGUACCGCUGGGAUGUCAGCUCCUUCUUCCAGAAGAUCCAGAGAAGCAGCCUCAACAACAACCCCCUCUUCCAGUACAAGUAUCUGGCCCUCUACCUUCACUAUGUGGGUGCAACUUCACCAGUGUUGGUGGUGCUACAGUACCCUCAGGACCCCCUGCUGAAUGGCGGAUGGAGUCCAAGUACAGUAGCUCCCACAGGCUACAUUCUGAGUCUGGUUUUGCUCACUCUGCCCCGACAGCACUUGGUGCAGCUCUACCUGUAUGUGCUCACUGCUCUGCUGCUGUUCGCUGGUCACCAGAUCUCAAGGGACUAUGUGCGCAGUGAGCUGGAGUCUGGUUAUGAGGGCCCACUGUACCUGGAGCCUCUGUCCAUCAACCGCUUCACUACUGCGCUCAUCUGCCAGCUGGUGGUGUGUACCUUGUGCUCCUGUGUGAUGCAGACCAAGCGCAUUUGGCUGUUCUCAGCGCACUUGCUCCCUCUGAUGGCCAGGCUGUGCCUGGUUCCUUUGGAGACCAUCGUUUUCGUCAAUCGCUUUGCCAUGAUUUUCACAGGCCUGGAAGUCAUCUACUUUUUGGCCUCCAACCUGCUGGUGCCAUUUAAUCUGGCCAAGACAGCGUACCGGGAACUUGCACAGGUGGUGGAGGUUUAUGGGUUGCUGGCUCUCGGUAUGUCUCUGUGGAAUCAGUUGGUUCUGCCUGUGUUGUUCAUGUGUUUCUGGCUGGUUCUGUUUGCUCUGCAAAUCUACACAUACUUCAGUACACGAGACCAGCCCACAUCUAGAGAGAGGCUGCUCUUCCUUUUUCUCACAAGUAUUGCAGAGUGCUGUUGUACUCCGUACUCUCUACUGGGCCUGGUGUUCACCGUGUCAUUCGUUGCUUUGGGAGUGCUCACUCUUUGCAAGUUCUACCUGCAGGGCUACAGAGCUUUCAUGAAUGACAACACCAUGCACAGGGGCAUGACAGAGGGAAUCACUCUUCUGAUCCUCGCUGUUCAGACUGGACUGAUUGAGCUACAGGUCAUCCACAGAGCCUUCCUCCUCAGCAUCAUCCUCUUCAUUGUAGUGGCCUCCAUCUUGCAGUCUAUGCUGGAAAUUGCUGAUCCCAUAGUGCUGGCGCUGGGAGCCUCCAGAGACAAGAGUUUAUGGAAGCACUUUCGUGCGGUUAGCCUGUGCUUGUUCCUGCUGGUGUUCCCAGCCUACAUGUCCUACAUGAUAUGUCAGUUCUUCCACAUGGACUUCUGGCUGCUGAUCAUCAUCUCCUCCAGCAUUCUGACCUCACUACAGGUGCUGGGCACACUGCUGAUCUACGUGCUCUUCAUGGUGGAGGAGCUCCGCAAGGCUCCGGUGGAGAACAUGGAUGAUGUCAUCUACUGGGUGAACGGCACCUACAGGCUGCUGGAGUUCCUGGUUGCGCUAUGCGUGGUCGCGUACGGCGUGUCGGAGACUGUGUUCGGGGAGUGGACCGUGAUGGGCUCUACCAUCGUACUCAUCCAUUCUUACUAUAACGUGUGGCUGAGGGCCCAGCUGGGCUGGCAGAGUUUCCUGCUCCGCAGAGAUGCUGUCAACAAGAUCAAGAACCUGCCUACAGCUUCUCACCAACAACUCCAGCAGCACAAUGACAUCUGUUCCAUCUGCUACCAGGACAUGACGUCAGCAGUGAUCACCCCCUGCAGUCACCUAUUCCAUGCCGGAUGCUUGAAGAAGUGGUUGUAUGUGCAGGAGACCUGCCCUCUUUGCCACAACCAGCUAAAAGGCUCAUCACAACCUGGCUCUUCAACACAGGACGCCCUGCCACAAGAGCCCCCAAUACAGCCAGCAGGUGAUCUGGACCCUUCAACGCAUCCAGAGUCAGAUUCAACCCUCCAGGUUCCCCAGCAAGACGACACUCCUCUCACUUCAGCGUCAGACCUUACGGCUGGGCUGAAAGACGGCGGUGACACUACUGCCUGCUUCUCCUCCCAGUCCUAAAACCUGCCUUGAGCCAAUCUCAAAUCCACACACUGCUGGCCAAAAGACAGUUUUACAGCAGAGGGUCUGAUGGGAUACUGUCGGCCCUCUCUGUGACUGAUACGUACAUACGGAAUGCUCCUUAGACAUCUAUACAAUCGAAAUCCUUCUAUCGUCCCCCUCUCAUCCAGAACAUCACAGAAUCCAGAAGUCAGAAAGCUUAUCUGAGGUGAAAAGAAUCAUUUCACCCCUUCCACAUCUGGAAUUACCGAAACACCAGCUCUUCCCCACCCUUUAUUACGAAACUACAGUCUCCAGUGAAUACCAACCUGAAUGUGAUCAUGUGACCCUUCAGUAUAGUGCUGUGAUGCUCUGUAGGCACUUAGCACAUAUCCACUAGCACGCUCUCAUUAUCCAAUACAUUAGCCCGUCUUUUUCUGUUCUCUAUUUGUUUUCUUGAGAGAAAAUAUAUUUACAUAUAUGCCACUGCAUUUGCACUAAUGUAACAUAAAGCAAUGCUCCAAAGUUAGUCUUGUCUGAUACUAAAUAUUUUAGUGUGUAUGCAUUGAAUCAAGUUAUAUAUGAAAUAUAUACCCAUGUACAAAUAUAUAUGUAAAGGAGUUUUGAUAUGCAAAAGUACAUUGUAAAGCAGCAUUGUGUCAUGAAGUGGCCUCAGGCUUAAAUGAACGCUACGCCUCUAGUGCGGCCUCUAGUGGCAGUAGUGGGACGUGCCUUUGGCUGUGGAUAAACACUAUGACCAAUUAGGAGAGUCAAUUUCAUUCUCAUCAGUAUUUGGCAUUUAGCGCAUUUGUGAACAUGAAUACAUUCGAGAAUGUAUGAGCACACUUUGCAAAUGCCGUUUUUUCUUUUUUACUAAGUGUUUAAGUUAAUAUAUUUAACAUGGUUUGUUAAAUGAAUGGUGAUUGGCUUGUGGAAUUUUUAAUCUGCAAACAUGUUACUUUUAUCUACACCACCAGAUUUUUUAUAUAUGUUACAGCUGUUUUUCAUUUUAAAGCAAAUCUGAAUGAAAAUGGAGAGUAUAAUCCUAAUAGCAUUCUGAAUUUAUCCUUCUUUUCUUUUAAUACAGCAUAAACGUGGAAUGAUGUUCUGUGAAGGCUAACUUUGUUUGAAUCGCAGCUGAAUUCAGUCAAAUAUGCCUGAAGUCUGAACAUGAACCUGAAUGUCAGAAUAAAUCC